AUGGUCUCGCGUUGUGUGUAUUUGGUGAUCUCUGCUCUCUACUUCCGAAGUUCAACUGCGAAGGAUCCGGAGCCAGGGUGGGAUAACAGCCUGCUGUCGCAAUGCCCACAUCAGGGGUCCAUGGUUUUUUCUGAGUAUGGCACGUUGUCAGGGGGGUUCCCAAUCGACACUACAGUCCCAGGCUCAAACUUUACGGACAUUUCUUUCACCAUGAUCGCAAGCUUGUAUGUUUUCGAGCCUGUCCCAGGGGGCUGGACAUGUUGGCUAGGGACUGCCACGACGUGGCCGCUUGUCAACAGCGGACAUUUGCACCUGUGUUUGACGAAUACAAAAUUGAAGCUCGGGUUUUUCAGCAACGAUCUCGAUGCCAACUAUGCUUUUCCAGCCGAGACUUGGGCAACAGUUUCUGCAGUCUAUGACGCGAGCAGCCAAACACAGCGUCUGUAUGUGGACGGUGCACUGGUGGGCACCAGGGGUACCUCAAAAGGCUUCAAAGGCCAGUCGACUCGCAAUGUCGAGAUCGGACGGGCGCACAAUAAUCCAACUAGCUUUCAAGGAAAGGGAGCGAUACGAAAUGUGGUCUUAUAUGCUUCAGCGAUUGAUGCAGCUGACCUUGAUGCCUGCGCAGCAGACCCGUCGAUGACAAUAACAUCCAGUACUGCUAGCACACAUACGCUGACUUCAACUUCGUCGGCAACGAUGAGUACAUCGUCCACGAGUUCGUCCUCAUCGACGAGAUCCUCCACGUUGACAACAUCCAGUACCUCUGGCACACAUACGCUGACCUCAACCACUUCGACAACGAAGAGCAAAUCGUCCACGAGUUCGUCCUCAUCAACGAGAUCCUCCACCUCCACGUUGACAACAUCCAGUACCUCUGGCGCGCAUACGCUGACCUCAACUACUUCGGCAACGAUGAGUACUUCGUCCACCAGUUCGUCUACGGUGAGUAUGUCCUCGACUUCCUCAAGUAGUACACUGUCGACGACAGGAUCACUUACAAGUUCAUCGUCCUCCAGCACCGUGACGACAACUAGCCAGGCCAACGUCACAUAUAUCGUGGAGACUACGCAGGAUCAGGCGUUGGCAGCAGCAGAAGCCCUCGUAGACGCCAGCCUCCAGCACAUCGGCGCCCUAGUCACUGUGCCAGGUGUCGGCCGAAGCAGCGCUUCGUCCUUCAGCGUGGAGGGCUUGGUGCCUGCUACGCCAAGGUAUGUUGUCGGACAGCUGGAUAAGAGUUUGCUGGCAGCUUUCCCAUUUCCACUGGUGAACCAUUCUGAAGAUGAUCAUCUAUACUUGACAUUUUCCAACUUCGAGGGGGUUCUGCAAGAAGGGGACAUUGUCAGGCUCGUGUCGGGGAGGAGAGCACGCUUGCUAGCCGAUGCGGUCGAUGUGUCUGUGGUCUUCUCCGGUGGACAGCACUGGCCGAUAAAUGUGAGCAUGGAGCAGCCAAUCUACGUUCGAGUGGCUCCAACUUUGACCGAGAACAACAGCAUGUGCGCCUUCCUCACGGAGUCCGGUUGGUCUAUGGAAGGAGUAAGACCAGCACUGCCAGAAGAACUGGCUGCAGCGAUGGGAGGCGAGUACCUGCCGGGGUUCUGGUGUGCAACGACACACCUGACGAUCUUUGCAGCGAUACUUGAGCUUGCAGUGGCUUGCACGAACAUCGAGGUGUUAUCAUCGCAGCUGUUGCCCAGACUGCUGGACACCAGCUGGCCCACUCGAGCGCCCGCUGUGCUCGUUCUUUCCACCGUGGCCUGCUGCGUGGUGAUCUUGCUGGCUGCAAAUGUUGCCGACCGGAGAGCACGUUUGCGGGACGUGUGGCGGCAGCAGAAUCUGCUUACAGCCAUCCCACCAUCUCGCGUGUCCUGCUGCCCAAGCCUCUGCAGAUGCCAGGGCAAGUCAAGCCAGGCUGGGAAAGAAUCACAGACAUCGGAGAGCAAAGACGCAGAUUCCACGGGACCACAGCAGCGGAUAGGAAAGAUGCUCAGUUCUCUUCAGCCUCGGAGUUGGGCACGGCGAAUGGGCAUCCGGGUCAUGGUAAAAGGAACAUUGCAGUCGCUCGCUCUGCUGCUCUGGGUGGACGAGCAAUCCUUGCAGACCCAUGUGUGGAAUGGACAGGGCUGGGUGCAGGGGAGCUUAGUCUUGGCAAAGUCAAAGCUGCUGGCAACAUGGACCGCGAAUCUCGAUGAGGAGCUUCCACGGCUUUAUGCUGCCUGGGGCUGUCGGCGCUGGCGACGGGCUGUCGUCUCCUUCUCUGCCUGCCAUCCCUUUCUGGGCAUCUUCCCGGUGUCCGUGCACCUGACUUCGGCCAAGCGCGCGAUGAUCUUCUCACACUUUCUUCUGGGUUCUUUGGCGAUGUCUUCACUGUUCAUCUCCGUCACUGGGGUCCUGGAUGUGACCAGCGACUUCGACUGCCCCGUCGAGGAUGACACGCUUCGGCUCUUACUCAUUGCAGCUGUGUCCAUGGUUCUGAACUCACUUCCUCGGCUCUUUUUCCAACAGCUCGGGUUCCGGUAUUUUGCUGAGGGCGCUGGCGAUGAAGGAAAGGUCAGGAAGAAGUGGAGAGAGUGGCUGGUGGCAGACGCGUUCUUUUGGCUCCUGUCCUUUGUCUGGCAAGCUGGCUACAUCCUCUUCCUUUGUGCCUUCUUAGCGAGUUUAGCUCCAGCAGAUGAAUCGAAAUGUCUCCUUUGUUUCGGCGCCAUUCUGGUUGCGAAGUUCUUCGCAUCUCCAUUUUCCAGGAUGUGCCUGCACUUUGUCUUCACAGAGAUCGCUGUUUGUUCAUUCCCGGAUCUCCUGCAGGUGCCUCCACCUGAGCUUGGAUUAGACCUCAUGGCUGCGCCACUCACCGACGAGGUGCUCUCCGCGGGCGAUGGAGAGGUUGCGCAGCAGAAGGUCGUCGAGCUGGCAAGUCGGGGUAUCCGAGUACGGCACCUCUUGGAGUUCUACGAAGAGAUACUGGGGCAAGAGUUCUUUGAUCCGGAGCGGUCUACUACCCAUGAUGUCGUCCGCCACGCCAUCAUUCCUAUGACGCUUCAGGGAAAGUUGCCCACGGAGGAAAAUCAAGAUGUUCCCACUGAGCACGGCGGGGUGACGAAGUUUGAGCGGUCGCAGCACGGGAUCGCCUAUGCAAGCCUGGUGAACCAGCUCAAGCCCGUUUUCGCCUUAAAAAUGGUGACCCACGCUUGGGGCAACGUUUUUCGCAACUUACUGGCCGCCGUGUUCGCAGAUGCGCUAGGGCAGGAGACCUAUGACAAGGUGCUACAUUUGCUCGAGGAGCCGGGUUUGAGGACCAUCCGCUUCCAGCUGGCGGCGUUGCACCAGUUAGACUACCCGUAUUGGAUCUGUGCAUUCUCGGUAAAUCAACAUGCUGGCAUUUGUGACAGAGCGCCGUCCCAUGACUCCUUGGGCCGCGAGAUCACGGCAUGCCCCUGCACGACACAAAAAUUUCUUACCGGCGAGCACUGUGAGAUGAAUAAGUUCGAUGACAUGAUCAACUACCUGCGGCAAAGCAAUGCAGCAGCUCGCAAGAGAGGCGAUGAGACUCAACGCUUCGGCCAGGUUGUGGCCAUUGACAUGGGGUUCGAGCUGUUCUCAAGGAUUUGGUGUGUGGCAGAGCUUGUGGAAGCGGAGAAGCUGCAUCUGCCGCAAGCACUGAAAAUGCAUUCCCAAAGCUCACGGGAACAAUGCGUGCAAAAACUGCACCAGCUCGACGUCCGCUCGGCACAAGCCAGCUUUGAAGCAGACCGUCAACUGGUCUUGGACAAGAUCCAAGAUGUCGACCUAUUCAAUGACAAGUUGCGCGACCUUUUGCUGACACGGCUCAAUGGCUUUUUGGUCGCAGAGCUCCUAGUCGGCCUUCUGAGUGUUGAGGAAUUGCUGGCCACCGUCCUCGACACGAUUUAG